AUGCUAGUUGCAUUUGCGGAGACGUGGCUUCCAGAGACCUCAUCCUUUCAUCUUCCUCACGUUGAGAUUAUCAUCACUAUGGACGAUAUUGCAUGCCUCCUGCAUCUACCUAUCAGGGGUAUCCUCCUUAGUCACGGUAGGCUGACGAAGGAGGAAGCGAUGAAGAUCCUGAUUGAGGAGCUGGAGGUUGAUCUUGUUGAUGCGCUUGAGGAGGUGGAGAGGACUCGCGAGGUGCACGGGAGGUUUCACGCCUUUCAGCACAUAUAUGAUGAGGAGCUUCUUGCGGUACAUCAGUCUACUAGUGAAGAGGCAGAGACUGAUAUACACAGAGAGCGAGUGCUGAGGACUUACUUACUAUAUUUUUUAAGGCACUCAGCUCUUUGUGGAUACGAGCUCGACGUACACAGACGUCGUUUACGUGACAUACUUAUCAGACCUCACACGUGUCCGCUUGAAUACUACAACACUCCCCCAAUAUUAUUGGUUGGGGAGAGGUGUCGGGUUACACUGAGGACAUACCGUGUGCCAAAGCCUUCGUCUCCCCUCAGAGGGAACCAAGUGUCGGAUCCUUACCGGCACUGUCUUGACCGCAUGGCUGCUGAGGACAUCCACUUCGACUGCUACACUGAUCACCAUGAGACGGUUCCGUUUGAUGAGAUUGUACUAUAUUGUGUAUGGUUGGAUGCCAAUUCAACCAUCAUUGUUCGUUAUCUUCUAAAGCGCGUCAUGCGUCAGUUCGGCUACCAGCAGACCAUACCUCGCCUGCCUUCUGACUCCGCUCCUAUCGCCAUGACUCGUUGGCAGCUAGAAGAGGUCUUUGCAGACUGGAAGCACCACUUGGUUCCUGCCGAGGCUCGGGAGACCACAUCUGAGAGGGAUUGGAGUUGCGUCGACGGGUACAUCACAUGA